GGCUCUGUUAGGCUUUUAAUAGUUUUAAAACUUAUUAAAUCCUAAUCAAAACGCUGUGCUAGCUUCUUUUUAACCAUCCCUCUAAACGCUAUGAUAAAAACGAUGAAGAAAUUAGACCAAGUUCGGAGGAGACAAUCAGGUUGAAAUUAAGUCUCCGCCAGGAAAAUUGAUCUGGGCAGCGUGGAAUCUGGAAACCCGGCCUAGCUUUGGCCUUUGAGCUUGAUGGUCAUAUUCACAAGGAUAUGUUUGUAAUUCAAGAGAAGGGUGAGGGUAUCCUUUUUUUUUAUAAACAAACUAAUCUUAUAUUUGCCAGAUCAGAGCCGCAAACGCGGAGAUUCGCAGUUGGCGCCCACGCUCAUCUCAUCUUUGCUCUAUUCCUAAACAAGCUGUUGCUUUCUUGCUUACUGCUCUGUGCAAGGGAAUAAGCCCACUUAGCAUGGGAAACAAGCCUGUGGCUGUAAAACAAGAAAGGGAGGAGAUUCUCUUGAAAACCGUGCCUCCUGUUGAUCGUGCUUACAGUCGAUGGCUUGCUCGUGAUCUUGAGAUGAUUCAUGGCUUUACUUUGAGAAAUUGCUGUGCAGUGAAGCCACCAGAUCAUUAUAUAGAAUACAUGCGCUUAAAUGGAUGGUUGGACGUGGACUUGGAUGAUCCUGAUCUGGCCCAUUUAUUUCAAAGCAAAUAAUGUUUUCAAUGGAAUUAUUGUUAUAUUACAUAGGACCUUCACAUGCAGAGUCUACGCACUUGCUAAAGGGAGUAAUUUGUCAUAAAGAAAAGCGGAAGGUUGCUAUCCCCAAACAAUUACAAGUCUUCUGUGUAUGUGUAUCAAAAUCCAGCUAUUCUGCAAGUGCUUGAUCAUUAAAGCCUAUUUAUCGAA